CACGCGAAUUUCCCGCGUAUUGCGACACGCUGACUUCUCGCGUUCGAAAAAAGAAUAUCAAAACCUUACACAAUUAUUAAUUUGAAAUUUCAAAUAUUUUUUUAUUGCUGCGUUCCGUUUUACAUUUGACUGGUUUGUUUUAGUGAAUUGUGAAAGACUGCAAUAAAACUGGGAAGCUGUGAGCCGUCAGCUGUCAAAAACGUUGAAGAUGGAGGCGAAAGUGAAGGAAGAGGUGCCUGAUAAGGAUUACACACAGCCCAUCACUACGGAGAGGCGGAAAUCCACUACAGCUGGUAAAGAAAGCCGGUCACCUGACCAUGAAGAAGCCAGGUCCUCACCCACACCUGGCCCGCCAAGUCCGCAGAACAAUGGAACUGGUGCUACCCUAUCAUCGACGGAGUCGUUAUCCCCCCCACUGGAGGGGUACCGCGCCACGCCGGCGCUUCAGCGCUUGCGCAGGUUCCUUUCAGCGCUGCAACAAUUUGCGUCCGACGCUGGAGCGGAGACGGGGGAGAGGGUUCGGCAGCUUAUUUAUAAUUUGGUGUCUGGUACCCUGAACAUCGAGGAGUUCCAAGCGGGUGUUCAGGAGUGCACCAACUACCCCCUGAGGGCGUCGGUCCCAGGGUUCCUCAGGGCUCUACUGCCGUUCGCGCAAAGGGACUUGCGGGCAAGAGCCAGGAGUGCCAAGCAGACCCCGCUGCAGUACAUCAGGAACCAUGAACACUUGAUCCUGGAGACCUCAAGCGACGGUGGCGACAUUUUUGCCUCUCAACCACCGACCGAGGCCGGCGUGAAGAGAAGGCCAAGUGAUCCGUUCUACGACAGUGCCCAAACCAAUGGUGCUCACGAGGAGUACCCCCCACCCAAGAGGUCCAGCCUUUUUCAACCCUCACCGUUCCUGUACCACCUUCCCAGCAACGCGAGCCUGUUCGAAUACAACCACUACCCAGGGUACCAGGGCCAGGGGGAGAACUUCGAGAGGAGAGAUGGCGGCAUCUCAGUCCGGGACGUGUCGUCAAUGAACGCCACGUUCUCGGAGCCCCGCGCCGGGCCAGCACCGAUCAAGGGAGACGACGAGUGGCGGAACAUCAACACCAUGCUGAACUGCAUCCUCAGCAUGGUGGAGAAGACUAAGAGGGCACUAGCCAUACUGCAGCAACGAGGUGUGGAACCGACCGAGAGCAACGAUAUCAAGAGGGCCGCCAGCGAAAUAAUGGCGGCUGCGGUCAGACAAACUGAAGAGAGGGUGGCCGAGGUCAGGAGACGAGCGGAGGACGCCGUUAACCAGGUCAAACGCCAAGCCCUGCUGGAACUCCAGAGAGCUGUUGGCGCGGCAGAGAGCAAGGCUUUAGAGCUGGUGGCAGCGGAGAGGGGGAAGGUGGAGAGGAUGAUUGAGAGGCGACACAGCCCUCCACCCCCAGGGCGGGACCUGAGCCCCAACAGUACUGGUCAGCAGAAUUGCUGCUGGAACUGCGGUCGCAAAGCCCAGGAGACCUGUUCAGGAUGCAACGCAGCGAGGUACUGCGGCGCCUUCUGUCAGCACAAGGACUGGGAGCACCACCAUCAGGUCUGCAGCGGUCGCGAUCAGAAGCCGACAGCCCUCCUCCGCACUUCACCACCAGCGUUACCCAAAACCCUCACCCGUUCCAUCACCCCCAUCUCCACCACCCAACCCCCCGUCACAACGGCCGACAGACCAGAAAACAGGCUAUCGUUAAGCACAUUAAACUCAGCAGAAAGGCUUCUUACAACUCAGGACAGGAGUCUUCCAACGCCUAAUAAUGAGAGAAUUGCUUUGGCGAAUUUGUCGUCCGCCCAGGGGUUGAUUGGGGGGAUUGGGGGGAAGAAAUGACGCCCCACUAAGGAGGUGAGGUUCCCUAAGAAGGUCAGGAGGUAAU